AUGCUCCUUUCCGUGCCUCGCUCGUUUCCCUCUCGCGUCCGUUCCUUGCAUCCGCGACUCGUUCCCAUUCCUUCUCUCGUUCGAGGUCACCCUCCCACUCAUCAUUCCUUGCUCUCUCUCGCCCGAUCUUCCUUUCGUGCCCCACUUCUUGCUCCAAGACCCUCGUACGUUCACCUCCUGUGCGCCUCCUCUCUUAUUCGCCCCUGUUUCUCUCCUCCUGUGCGCGUUCUCUCUCGUUCUUCUCUGUUUCUCUCCUACUUGUUCGCGUCCUCUCUCAUUCCCCUCCGUCUCUCUCCUCCCGUGCGCCUUCUCUCUCAUUCGCCCCUGUUUCUCUCCUCCUGUGCGCGUUCUCUCUCGUUCUUCUCUGUUUCUCUCCUACUUGUUCGCGUCCUCUCUCAUUCCCCUCCGUCUCUCUCCUCCCGUGCGCCUUCUCUCUCAUUCGCCCCUGUUUCUCUCCUCCUGUGCGCGUUCUCUCUCGUUGUUCUCUGUUUCUCUCCUACUUGUUCGUGUCCUCUCUCAUUCCCCUCCGUCUCUCUCCUCCCGUGCGCCUUCUCUCUCAUUCGCCCCUAUUUAUCUCCUCCUGUGCGUGUUCUCUCUCGUUCUUCUCUGUUUCUCUCAUGCUUGUGCGCAUCCUCUCUCAUUCCCCUCCGUCUCUCUCCUCCCGUGCGCCUUCUCUUUCAUUCGCCCCUGUUUCUCUCCCGUUCCCCUGUGCGCCUCUCCUCCCUUGCGCAUUUUGUCUCAUUCCCCUCUAAUCAUCUCCUCCCAUGCCCGUUCACUCUCAGUCCCCCCUGCGCCUCUCUUCCCCUGCGCAUUUUGUCUCGUUCCGCUCUGCUCCUCUCCUCCCGUGCGCAUUUUCUCGUUUCACCUCUGCUCGUCUUCUCCCGUGCGCCUUCUCUCUCCUGCCCCUUUGGUUUACUCCUCCCGUGCGCCUUCUCUCUCAAUCCCCUAAGUUUGUGUCGUCCCGUGCGCCUUCUCUAUCAAUCCCCUCUGUUUCUGUCGUCCCGCUCCCCUGUUUCUCGCAAUCCCCUCUGUUUCCCGUCUCCCGUGCGCCGUCUCUCUCAAUCCCCUCUGUUUAUGUCGUCCCGUGCCCCUGUUUCUCUCAAUCCCCUCUGUUUUCCUUCUCCCGUGCGCCUUUCUCUUGUUCCCCUUGGUUUUCCUCCUCCUGUGCGCCUUUUCUCUCAAUCCCCUCUGUUUUCCUCCUCUUGUGCGCCUUCUCUCUCAAUCCCCUCUGAUUUCCUCCUCCCUUGCGGCUUCUCUCUCAAUCCCCUCUGUUUUCGUCGUCCCGUGGCCUUCUCUCUCAUUCCUCCUAUGUUUCUCUUAUGCCGUGCCCGUUCUCUCUCCCGUACUCUCGUCCCCUCUGUGAUCCGCCUGCUCCCCCCUUUGUGCUCAUGUCCUUUCUCUGCCGCCUUUGUUCCUUCGAGACACGUAGAUAGUGUUCUGCCAUUUGAACAAGACGACGAUGUGACUAGUGCUGCUGGUGCCUCGUGCGCUUAUGAAGAUGGGGGGGCAUCAUCUCAAGCAGGUGCAGCAUUACCGACAGAGGAAGAGGUGCCCAAGUUCAACCUCAAGGAUGCUCUUGCGCACUAG